CCGAGUGUGCAAAGUUUAAGUUGUCGUAGCGUUCUCUCUCUUUACGCACAUUCCAAACCUUCAAACCUUACACUAGAGACGUUAAAUAUCUGUUUUUUGAAGUCAGAAUGUACCAGAAACAGGACGACUACGAUGAAUUUGGCGAGGAAACUAUCAUGCAUACCGAGUACAGGCCGAGAAGGAAGAAGAACCGCCGUCCGUUGUUGCUAUGUUUCUGCGUCGUCGCCGUUUUGCUGGCCAUAAUCAUCCCGGUAGCCGUGGUGACCAGCAACAGACGCCACGGAGCAAGCGGGCCCUCACCGGAGUGCCCCAGUGGUGACGAGCGGGAGAGGGUGGACUGCUACCCCGAAGGAGGGGCGAGCCUGUCCCGGUGCGAGGCAAGGGGAUGCUGCUGGGACCAGCCCGCCACCCAGGGCCCGCCUAGCUGCUUCUACCCCACCAACCACGGCUACGAGCUGUCAGGGGGCCUGCAGAGGACUCCUCUCGGGUACAUGGCCUCCCUCCACCGGCUGAACACUCCGAGUGCGUACGGCAACGAUCGGGAAAUCAUCGAGGUGGAGGUGGAAAUACAGCAAGACUACCGACUCCACCUGAAGUUGUCUGACCCAAAGCACCCUGGGUACGAGGUGCCCGAGGCCGCUGUGAAGCGCCCCCUUGCGACGACCUUGGCGGAGCACCCUCUGUUCAACUUGACCUUCACCAGUAAACCUUUCAGCAUCAAGGUCACGAGAAAAAGCACAGGAGCCACCAUAUUCGACAGUUCUGUGGGCAAGCUGACGUUGUCUGCCCAGUUCCUGUCUGUGUCCACCCGGCUGGCCAGUUCUAACCUGUACGGACUGGGGGAGCACGUCCACAGGAGCUACAGACACGACCUCAACUGGAAAACUUGGCCGUUUUUCACAAGAGACUCGUCACCUGCAGCGGGGGACUCGGCAAACCUGUACGGACAGCACCCGUUCUACAUGUGCGUGGAAGAAGACGGAAGCGCGAACGGCGUGUUCGUACUCAACAGCAACGCUAUGGACGUGACCCUCCAGCCGGGCGCCCCUGACUCCGCCCCCAUCGUGACGUACCGCGUGAUUGGCGGGGUGUUGGAUUUCUACAUGUUCCUCGGACCCUCCCCGGAAAACGUCGUGCAGCAGUACACAGAGGUGAUCGGGCGUCCCAUGAUGCCUGCGUACUGGGGUUUGGGGUUCCAGCUCAGCAAGUGGUUCUACAAGAACUCUCGGGGCCUCAGGGAGGUCAUUCUGCGCACGCGCGCCACGGGCAUUCCGUACGAUGUCCAGUACAGUGAUAUAGACUACAUGGAAGACCGGAAGGACUUCACGUACGACGGAAACAAUUACGGUGACCUGCCUGACGUCAUCCGUGACCUGCACAACAACGGGCAGAAAUACAUCGUCAUUCUGGACCCGGCAGUGAGUACCCAAAAGCGGCGGGACGGGUCGCCCUACGUCCCGUACGAGAUGGGCAGGAGUGCCGGCGUGUUUGUCAACACUUCUGACGGCAAGACUCCGAUUGUAGGGCAGGUUUGGCCAUCGGAUUCCGUAUUUCCCGACUUCACCAACCCUUCCGGUGUGCAGUGGUGGGCCGACAACUGCCGGGACCUCCACAACAACAUCUCGUUCGACGGACUGUGGAUUGACAUGAACGAACCGUCUAACUUCCUGAACGGCUCCCUGUCAGGCUGUGCAACAAACACACGGAACCAUCCACCAUAUCUGCCAGAUAUCAAGGGGAGUCUGUUGUACGAGGGGACUUUGUGUAUGGAUGCCAAGCAGAUGUGGGGAGACCAUUACGACGUUCACAGUCUGUAUGGACACAGUAUGGCCAUAGCUACCCGCAAUGCCAUGAGGAGUAUUUUGCCGUCCAAGCGUGGAGUGGUGUUGACCAGGUCCAGCUUUGCGGGCACGGGUCAGUUCGCCUCGCACUGGCUGGGAGACAACAAGGCCGCCUGGGAGGACAUGGCAUGGUCCAUACCGGGAAUCCUUGAGUUCGGACUGUUUGGCAUACCUCAUGUUGGAGCCGAUAUUUGCGGUUUUGGCGGGAACACGACAGAAGAGCUGUGUCAGCGGUGGAUGCAGCUCGGAGCCUUCUACCCGUUCUCAAGAAACCACAACACCAUGGACGGAAAUCCACAAGACCCGGCCGUCUUCAGUCAGGCCAUGAUCGACUCUACCCGUGACGUCAUGAUGACGCGCUACACCCUGCUGCCCUACCUGUACACGCUGUUCUACCACGCCCACGUUACCGGGGCAACGGUCGUCAGGCCGCUCCUGCACGAGUUUCCCGCCGACCGGAAGACUUGGGACGUUGACAGGCAGUUUCUGUGGGGGCGGGGUCUCCUUAUCUCACCUGUACUGACACAGGGCGACACACAAGUGGACGCAUACUUUCCAGACGAUCGCUGGUUUGACUUCUUUACGGGUGCAGAGGUCGAGGGUCAGUACAGAGGUCAGACGGUGACCCUGGAUGCCCCCCUGAACAAGAUUAACGUACAUGUACGAGGUGGCACGAUUCUGCCGACUCAGCAACCUGCCAACACUACUGUCUACAGUCGGCGAAACCCCAUGGGCCUUGUGGUGGCGCUAAACGACUCAGACUCCGCUGGGGCAAGUGGGAGUCUGUUCUGGGACGACGGAGAGUCUUAUGAUUCCAUUGAAAAGAGCAACUUUCUGCAGGUUACGUUCACAGCCUCAGCGAGUGACGGCAUCCGCUGCACUGUGGAUGCCCUGCCGGUGCCCGUACCAUCCCCGCCUCACUGGGCGCUCUUACCGUACGACAAGGUGGAUGUCCUCGGGCUGGACCUGCCUGACGUCCCGACCGUGAAGGCAGGUCGACCCGGUGACUUGCGGGACGUCGACAGCGGCAACGUGCAGUAUGAUCGUGACAAUAAGGUUCUUCGCUUGGCUAACUUGGUUGACAUGAACCUUUGGGUCUACAGCGACUUGCAGAUAACAUGGACUUGAUGAACGCAGAUGUUUUUUUCUUCAUUUAUCUCUAUUUGGGUCUAUUAAAAUGAUUGGCUAACUGAGCGAAGUCAACUGAUAAAAUUCAUUUAUAAAACUAGAAAGCCAUCUUCCAAGUUUUAAAGCUACGAUGUUGAACAUCUUGAUUCUUUCACUGGGUAAAAUUAGUUUUGUACGCAAUUUAAAAAACAUUAGAAUAAAGUUACUGAUUUUUCUAAUUAGAUUUGUCAAUAUAAAUUUUAAAAGCUAACAAUAGAUAGGUAGGAACACGCUUUGAAUCCGUCAGCAAAUGAAAUUUAAAAAAAAUCUUUUACUGUCUCAAUAGGCCUCGCAAUCACCACGGGUUGAAUCUUCAAGUGCAAUUCAUCUGUAAUUACGAACGUACGUGAAUGUGAAAGUGCGAUGUAAGCCUGAACCAAAUUGUGUAAUGGUGUGAUCAAUAGCGAAAAGAGAAACCACAACGGUAACCACAUAAUGUCUCAACUUUCUUGUGUCCUAACUAUGGCCGGACUGCCAUCUGUAUCUGUAUCUGUAUCUGUAUAGCCGGUAUAACCGCCUUUCGGAGGAUGACGCCCAGGCUGCCGAAGCUCCACGACUCAAGAACACCGUACAUACGUACAGUGCCGAUUCAGAAAUUCCGCAAAAAGCCAGCAUGUGCCGACUUGUCAUAAACGUCGCUAUGUAGUACCGCAAAUUCACAAUACCAGCUUUGUAUUCCUGUGGUUUAGCAGCAUUUUUAUUUUUUUGCCGGAGUUUUUUAGUCGCCCUUUCACACUGGUUUGGGUGUCUUCAGAGGAUGUCAUCCAUAAAAUUAAGUCAGUUCGGCCUUACUGAUGCAUGUUAAGUGAUUAACUUUCCAAAGAAUUGACCUGUUGCUUGGCUCUGCAUGAUUAGAUAGUAUAGCUAAUGCAUUCCUUUUAACCUUCCUUUUUGCAUUACAAAAGGCCGUCAUCUUGGAUCCAUCUUUCCACCAAGAUGGCCGCAUUUUUGUCAUUAUUGGAAUUGCCGAUGGUAUUGUUAGCGCCACCCGUUGGCGUUGCCAAAAUGUUUACAUUUUGUGAACUACAAAUUAAUAAAGCUGCUUCUGUUAUGAAUGUUGGCUGUUUGGUCAUCAUUGUAUCCAGAACCGUGUCUGUCUGGUUCUGUACCUGAAUGGGUUAGGAUUAGGAUCAUGCACGGUUCUGGAUAUAGUCUCGUCUUACUGCUCAUUUAUGAAGCUUUUUGUUGUUGAGUAGGUCUACUAGCUAGGGCAAUGUUCUACACUUGAACUGCGUUAUCUGGUCUCUAGACCUAAGAUUCCUCCCACGAAAACUUGCACGGUAAAUAUGUAAACUCUAAUACAU